GCCUCACAUGACCGCGGCCGCGAUGGACGGCGAGCCGCCCGCGGGCACGGCCGGCACCGGCACAGGACUGAUGUAACAUAUUGAGCAGCAGCCUUUGUGGAAAAAAUGUCCUACUGUACCAAAGAGAGAGCUUGCUCAGAUUUGGCAAAGCCUCCAGUAAAUGAACCAAGGGAACCGGAACAGUUUCUAAUGCAGACGCCCCAGGGAAAUCCACUGCUGCUUUCCCACACCCUACAAGAGCUAUUGAGCAAGGAUAGCGUGCAGGUGGAGCUUAUACCUGAGAAGAAGGGCCUUUUUCUGAAACAUGUGGAAUAUGAGGUUUCCAGCAAGAGGUUCAAAUGCUCAGUCUACAGGCGAUACAAUGACUUUGUGGUGUUCCAUGAGAUGCUGCUCCAGAAGUUCCCGUAUCGCAUGGUGCCGGCACUGCCACCAAAGAGGAUGCUGGGAGCUGAUCGAGAAUUCAUAGAAUCGAGGAGGAGAGCGCUGAAGCGUUUUAUAAACCUGGUGGCUCGACACCCCCCUUUCUCAGAAGAUGUGCUCUUGAAACUCUUCCUGUCCUUCAGUGGCUCAGAUGUACAGAAUAAGCUAAGGGAGUUGGUCCAGGGAGUAGGAGAUGAGUUUAUGACCUGCAAAUUAGCCACCCAGGCCAAGGACUUCCUCCCAUCUGACAUACAGGCCCAGUUUGCUGCCAGCAGGGAGCUCAUCAGAAAUAUUUAUAACAGCUUUUAUAAGCUUCGAGACCGUGCGGAGAGAAUCGCUUCUCGAGCCAUUGACAACGCCUCCGACCUCCUCAUAUUUGGGAAGGAGCUCAGUGCUUUGGGCUCAGACACUACCCCACUUCCUUCCUGGGCUGCUUUGAAUAACAGCACAUGGGGGACUCUGAAACAAGCCUUGAAGGGUCUGUCUGUUGAAUUUGCACUUCUGGCAGAUAAGGCUGUGCAGCAGGGUAAACAGGAAGAGAAUGAUGUGGUGGAGAAGCUGAACCUUUUCCUGGAUUUACUCCAGUCCUAUAAAGACCUGUGUGAAAGGCACGAGAAGGGGGUGUUGCACAAGCACCAGCGGGCAUUGCACAAGUACAGCAUGAUGAAGAGGCAGAUGAUGAGUGCCACUGUGCAGAACAAAGAACCAGAAUCAGUGGAGCAACUGGAGUCUCGAAUUGUGGAGCAAGAAAACGCCAUCCUGACCAUGGAGCUGCGGAAUUACUUCUCCCUGUACUGCCUCCAUCAGGAGACACAGCUCAUCCACAUCUACCUGCCUCUCACCUCUCACAUUCUGGGGGCCUUUGUCAACUCCCAGAUCCAGGGUCACAAAGAGAUGAGUAAAGUUUGGAAUGAAUUGAAGCCGAAGUUGAGCUGCCUUUUUGUGGGAUCUAGCAGUAUGCCAACUCCACCACUGUCACCUCCAGAGGGAAAUUUCUUCUCCAGUUAAUGCUCCGAGCACCCUGCAUGGAGCAAGAAGGGCAAUCAACGAAGGGGUGGGACCUCUACCUCCAGAUGUUAAAAUGAAUCCUCCAAACAGCUAUAUUUUUUUUUUUUUAAUACUGCUGCUUUGAGCUGCUCUCUGAUUUAGACAGACUGGAUUGUGGGGCAGAACAUAUGGAUCUAAAGACCAUCUCCUAAUUUUGCAGUGCUCUGGGGCAGAGCUGAUGUUGGUUGUCCUGCAGACACUCUCCAUGGGGUCGGGAUGUGGCCUGGCACAGCGAGUGCUGCAGUGCUGUUGCUGAUCCCUCUGCAUCUUGUACUAACAGCCCUCCAAUCAUGUUUAUCUGCAGCUGUGCUGACACAUCUCUGCACUGAAGUCUCUGAAGUGCUGAGAUGAACGGGAUAACUGAAGCACUUGCUUGUAGUGGAGAUAAAUUGCCUUUUACGCCUUGGAGGGCCUGUGUUAGGGACAUGUGUGCAUAAGGAAAGCUGAAAGCCAUCCCCCAUCCCGUUGUAGGUGUCUAGAUUUGAUUUCUUACUGCUAGACCUUAGCACAAAAUGAAUGAAGUGGUUGGAUUUUGUAACCCAGCUGGGCAGGGGUCAAUGCUGCUGUGUAAUGGGGUUCUCCCAUGAGGUUGGAUGGACUGUAUUGUCAGUGUGUUUCCCUUCAUGGUUGCAGGGCAGCCUGGGGACUUGCUCAUAUUUUUCAGUUUGGGGCCAAAGACAGCUGGGUUCAGGAACUCAGAGGAGUUUGCCUGGCAUAAAUGAGAAAAUAAUUGAAUAAAACACUCCUUAAUUGUAAUCCAGUCCUACUACAUGAGCAGAAUAGCUACAAGGUAGCUGUUUCCUUCUGGAGGUUCUGAUAUCCCUCUGUUAAGUAGCUGUUCAGGUCCACUGGAGAGCUGCUGACCCAAAGGCUGGUGUUUUCUUUGGUCUAAUAUCAGAAGUAUUCUGUUAUACCAGCAGGCUGGAACACAGUGCUGAUAAAGUUCAUUAACAAAAAAAAGUCAGUAUUUAUCAGGAUGUUACUGUCAUUCUUUUUCCUGGCUGUGGGUAACACUGGAGUGUGUUUGUGAAGGACAGGAGACAAGUGACAGUUCUCGUCUCUAAAAACAGCCCUUGGUAGUGGGGUUUUCAGAAUGAUUUGUGAUUGAGAUAAAGGGACUAAUCAUUCUCCACUUUGUAUCUCCAGUGACUUUCCCUCUGGAGGCAAAGGGGGAGGAGAAUGUGCACAUCAUGUUACCUCGGGGGAAAUGGUGCACAUCCUCCAGAGAAACUUAUAAUCCAAGGAACUGCAAACGUCUGCAGCAAAACUGUGUGAACAGGUCUCUCCUGAACCUGCCUUCUCUGGGGCCAAAAUAGCUUCUAAAGGGGAAUUUGAGAUUUGGCUUCUUAGCAUUUUCUUUGACUGGGUAAAAAGGAAGCAUAUUAACAAGGAUGAGUGCUCGCUGUCAAACUGGAACCAUUACAGUAUUUUUCUACUGGGGAACUUCCCCAUUAGCAGGAAAUGUAUUUAAAUCCUCUAAUCACAAAAGCUGCUUUUUUUUUUUUUUAUAAAUUUAGAAAACUCAGUACAGCAUGAAGCUCUUCCUAAUCCAGGUGGAAAUUCUGGGUUAGUUUCUUCAGCUAAGAGCAAGACAAAUUACUUGCCCAGUUUCGUGAGACUGGAAUAACCAUUCCUCACACUUAUCAAAAUGGGGUAAAAUAGAGUGAUAUGGGUGAGUUCCUUGGGUGCUGGGCCUUAAGCAGUGUGUAGCCAGCCUUGCUCAGAAUGCAUUAAGAGCUUUUUUCCAACAAUUCAAAUGUUAACUUGCUUUCCUCCUGUAUAUGGGCCUUGUGCAGUGAGACAGAUGAACUGCAAAUGGCUGUGACAGGUUUGAUUCUCUCCUGAAGAUUUCCAAAGCAAUGCAGAGGAGAUUCUGCUCACAAGGCAGAGCAAACUGUCAGAGGAGGGAAAUGUUUCUACAGUCCAGUAACAAAGAAGAUUAUUAUCUCAGGAAUGGCACAGAAGGUUUUUCUGCUUGACCUUGUCUUGAUUAGGAAGAUGGUUUGUGGUUCAAGUGUGGAAAGCGUGUUACCAGAUUUUUAUAUGCUCUUUACCCCUGGCAUGUUUAGAAGGUGUUGGCUGGUUAUAGCUGGCUUAGUCUGAGCACCCAUCCUCCCUUGUUUAUCCUUGUUUGCUUGAUGUGGUGAGCAGUCAAAGUGAGAAAAUACUGUAUGUUUUGGGGCAAGAUCUGAUACUUCUGGUGGAUCUUCUGUGUAAUUUGUUUGACUGGGCAAUGUUCCAUGGGAGCACUUGCAAAGCAUUGGCCGGAAUGGGACUUUACACUUCUCACUUCUAGAAAGAAUUUCUAAUUUUGGACUUUAUUUACAAUCAAAAAACAAAUCCCCCAAAAAACAAACAUCAAAAUGACAUUUGGGUUUUAGACUAACUCCUCUUUCCUGUUCUCCUUGAGAAUGAGAAUUCUACAGUCCAAAUGCAGAGAUGGUAGUAAUGAUAAACACAGAGCACAGGACCUACAAAGGAACUGGAAUUACAUUGAGAAAACACCCAUUCCUCCAUUGUCAGCCCUUGCCUCUCUGAGGAGAGCAGUUUUGGGGGUGGGUUUUUCUUGUUUUGCCUUUACUCUGUUCACCUGGUAUUUGAGAACAGAGGCUUUGUAUUCUCAAAGCUGAUCCAGCUGUUGGCACUUUCAGAGUUUAUUUCAUACUGGACUGUCAAGCUUCUGUCUCAUUCCUAAACACAUGCAGACACUAUUUCAUAUAACCCUUAGUUUCCAAACCUUUCCUUUGGGAGACUGGUCAGUGUGCAAAUAGAACUGUUAUGUUUACCUCAGUAUGUGAGGGAUUUCCUUACUGUGUUUUGUUCGUUCAGUUUAUGGAUCUGUCAGACUUGGAGGGCUGCAUCAAGCACAGCUUCCUUCCCCUGCAGGGAUGCAGCAGGGAAUCCAGGGGAUCCAUCAGGCUGCCUGUCUGCCCUAGUCAGUGUGGGGGAAACAGCUGUGGUGACCUCCAUGCUACUGCCUUCUGCAGUAAACACUAAGCAAACCAGACUGAGGAGUGUGUGCUGCCUAUCCAAGAGCUGAUGCUCCUGUAAGACGUGAUGUGCCUUUGUGAAUGGAAGCUUUUCUGUGUGUGCUUGAGGUCAGGGGACCUUCAGGUGUUCAAAACAGCGAUGGUAGAAAAGGCCUCCAGUUUUUCUGUCAGUGUCUCUGUCAGGUCUGUUGGGUAGGUACCAGGGUGGUCAAAACCUGAGACCCUGAAAGCUGCCUGAAAAUUGUUCUAUCAAAAGGGCUCUAAGUUUCUGUCACUCCUGAGGGCUUCUCCACUUCCAGCUGUGAAGUGGCUUUUUGUCCAGUAUCACGUGUUGAAAGACUCCAAACUGUAUUUACAAUACAACUUUAGUCUUUGAUCCUUCUUUCUCUCUCUUUCCAUCCUCCUUGCAAGUUGCUCCUCCGAAGCUGUAAUGUGCUCAAUGAUGCCUUGCUGCAUUCCAGUGCUUUUACUCUCCUACUUUGAUCAUGCAAGGGUGUAAUUCCUGGAACUUGAAACAGGCUAAUUUACACCCUUCAGUUUGUGCUGUUUCCUAAAAGACAAAGCUCACCAGCUGGAGACAAAACUUAAACCACGUCAGUCUCACAAGAGCAGCAGGAGCAGUAACAUCCCAGCUCUUUGACAUGACCUGGAAGUCAGGGCUGGGGAAAGCAUCCUCCUGAAAGGACUGACCUGACUGCAGAGAGGGGAUGGCAAAGAGAAGUGCAAGCCUGAGCUGUGCUUGUUCUGUUCCUUCCUAAAUCCUGGAGGAACAGAAAGUAAUUCUGUGUGAUUCUGUGAUGUGCUCUCUCUCACCCAGCAGUUUACAGUUUCCACCAGGAAAUAAAUCCAGAUAUAACAGGUAUUGGCUGUCAGUCACUCCCUUUCCUACCACACAGUAAGGUCCUACACCCUGUUAAAGCUGCCUGUCCUCCUGGGCUUAUUCUCUCUCCUACUUGCCUCAAGCCAUUCAUUCUCUCUGUUAGAGCAGCCAGAAACCUCACUGCCAGGUCAGAAGCAGAGGUGGGUAUCAAAACCUCUGUAAAUAACUCAGUGUGCAGCACAAAAGGAAAAGUAAGGUUUUAAGGUGUUAAUUCCUCCUCUAAGUCUGAGCUGUGGCUUGCUGAGUAGAUGAAGAAGGGCAUUUUUGAGUGGGUAUUUUCAAAACUGCUGGAGGGAGACAAGAAGCAAAUUUUUGUUCAAAGGGUGUGAAUAUGGCCUGCCUGGAAUAUCCUGUAUCUUUGCUUUGCUCAAAUAGCCUUAUGUAUGAAGCACUUUAUCCAAAUGCAGGAAUUAAAGAACUAUUACUACAGCUGGUAGACUGGAAAUGUUUACAGAUCCUACAUUACAUUCCAAGAUUCUAUCUGUAAGUGUUAUAUGUUUGUAAAAGUGUUUAAAAAAA